UUUUGUCGUGCAUUAGCCGUAGUUCGAACAUUACCCGACAAUGACACCGUCCAACUCACAGCAAGUGAGAGAUUGAAUCUAUAUGGUCUUUACAAACAAGCUACACAGGGUGAUUGUACACAACCAAAGCCUUCUUCACGAGACGUAGCAGAAUGUGCCAAAUGGAAGGCCUGGGACCGUCUUCAAGGUCUGUGUCCCACAGACGCACAAACAUUUUAUGUAGAGGCCCUCGUGGAGCUUAUU